AUGGUCAAAAAGCCACUUGACAACCAGCAGAACACCAUAACAGCCAGUGGUAGAGCUGAUGAUCGGCAAACCACAGGUUUUGUGAUCCAGAACUGUCAAAUAGUUCGAGGACAGGAACUCUUCCCUGUGAGGUUCAGUACAGCAACGUACUUAGGCAGACCAUGGAAGCGAUAUUCAAGAACAGUUGUUAUGGAAUCAACACUGGGCGAUUUGAUUCAUCCUAAAGGAUGGUUGGCAAGGAAUGGCACAUUUGCAGUUGACACACUACUCUAUGCUGAGUAUGCCAACAAGGGGCCUGGAGCUGAUACCAGCGGGAGAGUCGACUGGAAGGGUUACAAGGUCAUCACCAACAGAACAGAAGCACUAGCCUAUACAGUUGCUCCUUUUAUUCAAGGAGACCAGUGGUUGAAAAGGAGUGGGAUGCCCUUCCUCCUUGGCCUCAAACUUUGAAACAUGUUUCAACCACCUUUGCAGUUUUGGUGAGAAAGAUCCACAUUGAAUUAAAAUUCAAGAUCUUCAUUUCAUCUA